AUGAUAGUCUCUCGACGGAGCUAUAUGCUCCCCACAAUCAUUCUCAUAUGCCUUACAUACAUUCUUUUCUCUAGUCUGCCGCCCGGUGCGCGGACACCACAUGGUCAUCAUCAUCAUCAUCAUAAGCAACACCUAGACGAAGAGCCGCCGCACAAAAACACCCGGUUUCGUUGGGUGAAGCAUGUCGAACAAUUCCCAAUCUCAAAAUACAUUCCUCUUCCCACCGCUCCGUCGUCUCCGAUCCCACGGAUCCAAUAUAAAUUCCCCAGAGAGUCGUGGUUCGCACGAUGGGGAAGAACGAGAAGGCAGCGUGCCGUCAAAAAGGCUUUCAAGCAUGCGUGGAAAGGAUACAAGGAGAAUGCCUGGUUGCGGGACGAACUGUCGCCCCUCAGUGGUGGUCAUCGCGAGACAUUUGCGGGCUGGGCAGCCACCUUGGUUGAUUCUCUGGAUACACUUGUCAUUAUGGACCUCAUGGAUGAAUUCGAGGAGGCACUGGAAGCAAUCGAACAGAUUGACUUUACGACUACAGAUGCUAUCCAGAUCAACGUUUUCGAGACCAACAUUCGGUACCUAGGUGGGCUCCUUGGUGCCUACGACUUGACUCAUGGUAAAUAUCCGAUUCUCCUGCAGAAGGCAACCGAGAUCGCCGAUAUGAUCUAUGGAUGUUUCGACACUCAUAACAGAAUGCCGCAAUCGCGGUGGGAAUGGACCAGAUCCGCGGGAGGUUUGAACAUCGAGGCGAGCCGAAACACCAUUCUUGCAGAAAUUGGGUCCUUGAACUUGGAGUUCACACGGAUGUCUCAACUGACCAAAGAUCCCAAGUACUUUGAUGCCAUCCAAAGGAUCGCAAAUUUCCUGGAAGAAGAGCAGCCAAAGACCAAAGUUCCGGGGAUGUGGCCCAUGAUGGUCAAUGCUCGGGACUUGGAGCUUGCUGAUCCCCGAUUUACCAUCGGAGGAAUGGCCGACUCGACCUACGAGUACCUCCCGAAGGAGCACAUGCUGCUUGGGGGACAGACGAACCAAUACCGUAAAAUGUACGACUCUUUCAUGGGGGCGAUGAAAAGUCGCCUUCUUUUCCGUCCGAUGACCGAGGAUGGUCGCGAUAUCCUCUUCGCGGGAAACCUCCAUGCCGGCGCCAGCAAAAUAAACAUGGAGCCCCAGUGGGAGCACCUCAAGUGCUUCUUAGGUGGCACUGUGGGCAUCGGCUCCAAGGUGUUUGACCGGCCAGAAGAACUGUCUAUCGCGCGGAAGUUGGUUGAUGGGUGCAUCUGGGCGUAUGAUGUCAUGCCAACCGGGAUCAUGCCCGAGAUUCUGCAUCUUACAGUGUGCAAGGAGGGUAGAAGCUGCAAGUUGUCCCAGAACUCCCACUCGAGCUCAGAUGCCGAGUCCAUUGCCCAGGGUAAGAAGUUGCCGCCAGGCGUGGCUGAUAUUCCGGAUCCCCAGUAUCUCCUAAGACCCGAGGCCAUCGAGUCCGUCUUCAUCAUGUACCGGAUCACGGGAGACAACUCUUUGCAAGACUCCGCGUGGAGGAUGUUCCAAAACAUCGAGCGGAUGGCACGGACUGCCUAUGGCCAUGCGGCAAUCGCAGACGUUCGGGACCCCGAGUCGCCACUGAUGGACUACAUGGAGAGUUUCUGGCUGGCAGAAACUUUGAAAUACUUCUAUCUCACCUUCUCUGAGCCCGAUCUCGUGAACCUCGACGAAUAUGUUCUGAACACCGAAGCACAUCCAUUUAGACGCCCAUCUGCUUAUGUGUAA